UUGAGGAUAGUUACGGCUACAGCUACAACUACUCAACUACUCACAUCAUCUCAACAUGUCCGCCUGCUACAACGCCUACAAUCCCUCGCAAUCCUUUGCGUUCGACGAGGACGAUGACGAUGAUGCCUCGUUCGACAGCGGCUACGAGAAGAGCUUCGAAACGGAUGCGCAUGCGAGCUCACGCCGUCGGUUGAAUUUUGAGGAGCACUACAACGGUACUGCAAAUGCUGGUGCUACGCCGCCUGGCCAAGCUCAUUUUCCUUUGGCGUAUGCCGGAGGCAGUGGCGGCUGGGAUGGGCAACUGAAUUCACCACCGUCGACGGCCGGAUUUGUGGGUCUGCUAGACAACAGCAGCAAUCAUAGUACACGCAGUGGGCGCACUCUCGUUGAACAUCUGAAUAGUCGUGCGACGGCGGCGACGACGAUCGGAUUUGAGCCACAGUUGACAAGCACGCCCGUCAAGUCACCGGAGGAUCCGGAUGCACCACGACCGAAGCGCAAGUAUGCCGUCGGCAAGAAUCGAGUUACCCGUUCGCGUAGUCCCACUCAGGUGGUGCGCAUCAAGAAGUUUCGGCGCAUGAAGGCUAACGAUCGGGAGCGGAGUCGGAUGCACAGUCUCAACGAUGCUCUGGAGAAAUUGCGGGUGACGUUGCCCUCGCUGCCUGAGGAGACAAAGCUCACCAAGAUUGAGAUACUGCGCUUUGCACACAACUACAUCUUUGCUCUGGAACAAGUGCUGGAGAGUGGCAACACUAUUAAUCUGGAUCUAGAGAAGCUGCAGAACUUUACGCUGAGUGGUGAACGCAUUACAAAGGAGUUAUUCGAUGCACUCUUUGUGAAUCCUCAGCCAUUUCCUAUGUUCGGCAGCGGGCGCAUCUUUCCAUAUGGGCCGCAUCAUCAGACUCCAGCAAUGCACUAUCCGUCAACUCAGGGAUUGGAUUAUCAGUCUGCACAACCACCUGGCUUUGACUUUGGCACCAGUAUGCGCUUCUACCAACAACAACAGCAGCAGGAGCAGCAGCAGCAUCAGGGACUUAGUCCACAACAAACGCGAUCGGGUCACUUUUCCCAGGAGAAAUAUGAUCUGUUCCGAAGCAACUUUGAGGCAGCUGCCAAUGGAGGACCAUCGCCCGGUACCGAGGCUGGGCUGCAUCAGCAGAGUAGCUUCUAUACGCAGACGCCGCCAUGGAAGGAGUAUCAGGAGGAACAUCCGCAAAAUCAGCAGUCGCUCUAUAAACAGUUUGCUCAUCAGGUAUAGCAUAGUU